AUGGCCUCAGAGUCCCUGCCCCCCGAGCUCCUUGAAAUCGUCAUCGGCUUCAUUGACGACUGCAAGACGCUCAAGGCCUCCGCCGUUGUCUGCCACACCUUCUGUGUACCCGCCCAAAAGCGGCUCUUCACGUCUUUCACACUCUUGCCGUCGUCUCUCCCUGGAACUUCCGUGGCGCCACCUCAGGGCCUUGACGCAUUUCUCGCCAAGGCCACACACAUCGCCUCCUACGUUCGCUGUCUCACCGUCGUCUGCCCACAUUCCAACAACUGGGUUGGCGCAAUAUUGCCCCACUUUGUGUUAUUCACGCGUCUGACCAGCCUCGUGGUCGACUGCCGCGAGUACAGCCUGAGAGACGCGAGCAUCACAUGGCAGUACUUCCACACCGAGACAUUGGAGGCCUUGCGAGCUUUGGCGGCGCUCCCGAGCAUGCACACGCUGGAGCUAUACUCUGCGGAUCUCAGCAUCGCUCUCCAGCUCCUCCCUCCCCAGCAACCCCCGCCAGUGCUGCGCCACUUGGCCCUGUACAAUGCGCAAUUCAACGCCGACAUCCCUCUUGCCCUCGAUUCUCCAGAUGCAGAACAGCAGAAUUUAACCAGAUUCAAUCUUGAAUCGCUUGAGCUCCACCCGAAUCCACUCCGAGAGCUUUCGGACCCCAUCUUUGCGCGAUUCGUUAACCUAGCACGGCUACGACAUGUCCACUUGACCUUCCCACUUUCGAUAUAUGAGGCGUACGCGGCGCAGGUGCAGGUCCUGCAGCACGCUGUCGAGCUCGAGCACCUCCAGCUAACAUAUUUGGGCUUUGACACCUCUACUGACCCACGUGUGCUUGACAUAGGCCACCUCUCCAAGCUACACACUAUCGAGCUGACGAUCGAUAUCGACGCCAACGUUGUGUCGCCUACCUUAUACAGCGUUGUGGAGAUGGUUAUAUGCUGCAUUGAUAUUCCAAGCCCGGUACAACACGUUAUCAUCGGCCUCGCACUAGCCGAGCCCCCCAACUUCCCUGAGCUCACUCGCUCGCUCACGCACUUCGUUGGACGGCUUGUGCCCCUCUGCCGCUCAUGGGUGGACCGCAGUUUCACGCCGACAUUGCUGUUCCGAAUUUACAUGAAUGAAUCGGAGCAGCACUUGCGGAACGCGGUGUGGGACGAGGUGAAGGAGCUUGGGAUGGAUGUUAGUAUCGAGGUACUCAGUGGCCAGUGA